CCUGACCUGCAGACCAGCUGGGGUCAGAGCAGCCAGUGAGCGCGGCCAGCGUGCCAGGCACCUGGGGCUGGCACCCCGUCUCCACGGGAGCCUCAGGAGAGCGCCUCAUGGCUCCUGGGUAUCAGAGAUGGCCAGAUGGGAUGUGGCCCCUGGGGGCAUCUCCUGGGGCUUGGAGCAGCUCAGUGCAGGUUGGUGGUGGGGGGGCUGACCCCCUGUAGGUGAGGGUUCAGGAUGAGAACCCCAGGCGGCCUGUGGACCAGUGGGGUGUUGGGGCCCUGGCCACGCGCAGCCGCUGAGGGGGACGAGACUCUGGUCCGUCCAGGAAGGCAAGGGCAUGGGGCUGUGAGGGCUGGCCGCUGCCCAUGACCCGCGGGGCAGUUCUGAGGCCAUGGAGGGGAAGCUGCAGCCAGGCGCUGUAUGCCCUGCGGUCCCAGGGCUCCUGUCCUGUCGGAUGACGGGAGCAGACAGGAGCGGAGAGAUGGACCAGGCAGGGUGGGGGCAGCGGGACCUCCGUGAAGACAGAGAGCUCGCCGCUCGGUGGAGUGUGGAGGAUGAGGAGGAGGCCGCCUGUGAGCAGCACCGGCGCGACACGGAGCGGCAGCUUCAGGCUCAAGACGAAGACGAAGGAAGCCCGUCCCCGGAGCAGUCGGAGCAGGAGAAACUUCUCAGCCCGCAGCCCUCGGAGGCUCCUGAACUGGACGAAGAUGAGGGCUUUGGCGACUGGUCCCAGAAGCCAGAUCAGCAGCGGCAGCAGCACUGGGGGGCUGGAGAGACCCCGGAUGCUGGGGACCCCUCUCAGGGCGAGAGUCUGGAGGGGAUGCAGGAGAACGACAGGCCCCGCCAGCGCACCUCUGGGAGCCAGGGUGGUGACAAGCUGAGUCCAGCUGAGGUCUGUCUGGAGGAGCUGCAUCUGAGCCCUGACUCAGAGCCCCGGGAGGGGCUGGCACCAGAGGCUUCAGAGCCCAGCGGGCCCCAGGAGCCCAUGCAGGGCAGCCCAGGGCUGGCAGAGACCAAGGAGGCAGAGGCGCAGCACCAGAGCUGCCGGCAGCCCAGGACACCCAGCCCCCUGGUCUUGGAGGGGACCGAAGUGGGCUCGCCUCCCCUGAGCCCCAGUACCAAACUCAGUGACAGGACCGAGUCCCUGAACCGCUCCAUUAAGAAGAGUAACAGCGUGAGGAAGUCCCAGCCGGCCCUGCCCAUCUCCAAGAUUGAUGAGCGGCUGGAGCAGUACACCCAGGCCGUCGAGAUCGCAGGCAGGACCCCCAAGCUCACCCGCCAGCCCUCCAUCGAGCUGCCCAGCAUGGCUGUGGCGAGCACCAAGAGCCGCUGGGAGACGGGAGAGGUGCAGGCUCAGUCGGCCGCCAAGUCCGCCCCCUGCAAGGAUAUUGUGGCCGGAGACAUGAGCAAGCGGGAUCUCUGGGAGCAGAAAGGAGGCCCCAAAACUUCGUCCACGGUCAAGAGCACCCCGUCUGGGAAGAGGUACAAGUUCGUGGCCGCCGGACACGGGAAGUACGAGAAGGUGCUUGUGGACGAGGGCUCGGCGCCCUAGGCCCCUCUGUCUGCUUUCCCAGGAGCAGGGCACAGGCCAGCAGCAGGUCCUGCUUUCCCGUCCGCAUGCCCAGGGGAGAACCCGGCCAGAUCCACCCCCCGCCCCCCGAACCCAACCUUGCCGAAGAAGCUGCUUCUCACGCCUGCCCUCGCCCCGCAACCCUGGCAGCUCUUGCUGCGGGGCCCUCCGACCGUGCCCUCCAACAUGGCACUCACUGCCCCCCACAGUUCCGGGAGGAGAGGAACUCUGGCUGUUGGUUGGUGAAGGGACGCCCUCCGGAGAAGCCGCAAGCUCCCAGGGAAGGUGCUGUCAGUGCUGGGAGCGGCCACGUGCCGGGGUCUCCAGGUCAAGAGCCACAACCCCUGCCCCGCCUGCACUGCCCCCCGCCCCCCGCUGGCAGCCCCUCCAGCCUGUCCAGUAAAGCUUCCAUGUAUCUCCA